UCUCUUGUGUCCUUUUCUCUACUAGUACAGAUGGCGACCAACUACGAUGAGAAGGUCGAGCACGACACAUCUCUGACCGAAGAUGUCCGAGACGAGUAUAAGCAAACUAUUCCUGAAGUUCAAUCCGUCGCUUCCGAGUUUGUUGAGGAGUAUCAAUUCACAUGGAGAGCUUCCAUCGUCGGAUCUCUCUUGGGAUGUGUUAUUGCUGCAUCUAAUACUUACCUUGGUCUGAAGAUUGGUUGGACAUUUGGUGCCUCCUUGUUUGGUGCUAUCUUCUCUUUUGCCAUUCUCAAGCCUCUUUCCAGAACUUUGCCACCAAAGUGGGGUGGUGGUUACUUUGGCCCUAAGGAAAACUGUUCCGCUCAAUCUGCUGCAACAACCGCUGGCGGUUUGUCCGCAGGUUUCGUCGCCGGUAUCCCCGCCAUGUACAAGCUUGGACUUAUGACCACCCCGGAGCAAGAUGCUGGUACUCUUGUUGUUUGGACCCUUUGUGCAGCUUUCUAUGGUCUCUUCUUCGCUGUUCCUCUUCGUCAACAUUUCGUCGUUAACCAAGACCUUGUCUUCCCUACCCCUCGUGCUACUGCUAACACUAUUAUCUCUCUUCACAACUCUGCUGAUGGUGAGAAGCAAGCUAUGGCCAAGGCAAAAUGGAUGGGUAUUUGGUUCGCCACUUCCUUCCUCUGGGCAUUGAUUGCUUAUUGGGUUCCUUUCUUCGAUACUAUUCAUAUUCUCUGGUGGAUCGGUCAUGAUGCUAACUAUGCUCCUUUGAUGUCUGCUGAUGCUGAUUGGGGUUGGUCUUUCACCUGGGAUAUGCCUUUCUUCGGUGCCGGUCUUAUGACUCCCGGAUCUACUGUAUGGGCCUUCUUCGUUGGACAAUUGCUUCCUUUCGGUAUCAUUGGUCCCGCUCUUGUUCAAAGAGGUUAUCUUGUUGGUGGAUACGGUUUCAAAGCCGCUGGUCCUACUGCUCAAUCUUUCUUUUUGUGGCCCGGUAUUGCUCUCAUGGUCUUUGCUACUUUGACCGAAGUUCUUGUCCGUUAUAAGUCCCUCUGGCGUGGAUUCCAGCAAGCUGGUGUUGAAAUUAAGAAGAUUUACUACAAGGUCACCAAGAAGACACCCAAGAAUACCUCUGAGAACAUUGUUGAGGAUAACCAGUAUGCCGCAGAAGAGCUCGUCCCUAUGACCUGGUGGGUUGGAGGUACUCUCGCUUCUUCUAUCAUGACUUGCGCUGUUAUGGGUAAAUUAUUCGGAAUGGCUGUAUACCAAAGCAUUUUGGCCAUCGUUCUUGCCUUUAUUCUGUCCUUCGUCGGUCUCCAAGCCUCUGGUGAAACUGAUAUCAACCCUACUGGAGCUGUCGGCAAAAUCACCCAACUUAUCUUCGCCCCUAUUCCCGCUGGCAGCUUGUACCAGCUUCAAAAGAACAACCUUUCCGCCGGUAACAUCUCCGCCUCCGCAGCUGCUCAGGCUGUCGAUAUGGUUGGUGAUUUGAAGACUGGUCAAUUGGUUGGUGCCUCCCCUCGCUCUCAGUUCUACGCUCAGUUGGUUGCUUCUUUCUUUGCUGUUGGUAUCAGUGUUGGUCUUUUCAUCUUGUUCGCAAAGGCAUGGCCAUGCAUUAUCGACACCGAUCCUAAUGUUAAAUGUGAAUUCGGUCUCGUUGCUGUUAACGCCUGGAAGAACGUCACUCUUUUGCUUACCGGUGGUGAAGGCAUUCCUCGUGAAUCUGCCAUUAUUACCGGUGUCUGUGCUGCUAUUGGUAUCAUUUUCCCUGCCGUCAAGUUCUUCUUCGUUCCCGAGAAGUAUCACCGUUUCUGGCCAUCCGUCUCUGCCGUCGGUGUCGGUUUCAUUAACACUGCCCCUGAAGUCCCUAUUGCUAUGGUUGCUGGCUGGACAGCAGGAAAGAUCUGGAAGCGCAUUCGUGCCACUGACUACGAUAACUUCAUGUACGCAGCUGCUGGAGGUCUCGUUGCUGGUCAAGGUAUUGCCGCUAUUCUCAAGGCUGUCCUCACCAUUGGAGGAGUCGAACAGUGGGCUACUGCUGUUUCUUGCAUCGACCAAGAUGCUUCCAACUGCCCUUAGAAACAUUUAUUUGCAUCUGGCAAUAUCUAUGCUCUAUUAUCCUUGUCAACCUCUUCAGUUCCGGAGUCGUCAUAAAACAUAAUGUAUUUAUAUAUAAUUUACACUCUACGGAUACUUCUGUAGACCUAAUGGUCAUAAUAAAAUAGCUGUAUGCAAUGAUAAUUGUGAAGGUA